GGCGCUAACGCCCGGCUGCCUCAAGUUCGCAGCAUAUCUUCCUAUACGUCCCGACGCCGCAGGACAGGGACAAAAAGUUGGUAGGUGCUGUCCGAGGAAUAACAAAUAGGCUACACUUCCCCUGGACAGAAGUGAUGACCAGGCUGCUAUUGGUUUCGUUCGUCCUGGCGGGCGUGGCCACGGGCGUUCUCGGAGGCUCCGUGUAUGCUGCUCCGGCGGCUCCGGUAGUGGCCGCCGCUCCAGCGGCACCUUUGCUAGCCGCCGCUCCGGCUGCCCCUUUGCUUGCCGCUGCUCCGGCGGCGGUCCUGGCCGCACCCACGGCCGUCUCCUACACGUACCGACACCAGGUGCACCAUCCCGUGGCGCACGUACCCUACGCAUUGCCCUACGCACUCGGCUAUUACGGUUAAAACUCCUCCAAAAAACACUGGAGCAUUGUGGCGUUUGGCGUGGAGCAGAACGAACUGCAGGACGGAUGCCCUCUUGUAAAAGGAAGGUUCCAGAAAUAAUGUACUUGUGAAUAAACUUAGUAUACAACUGUCACAA